UAUUAAACAUGGUCAAGCGCACUAAGAAGGUCGGAAUCACCGGUAAAUACGGUACCCGUUAUGGUGCCUCUCUCAGAAAGACCGUCAAGAAGAUGGAAAUCACCCAACACAGCAAGUACACCUGUACUUUCUGUGGUAAGGAUGCUGUCAAGCGUACUGCUGUUGGUAUCUGGAAGUGUAAGGGUUGUAAGAAGACCUUAGCUGGUGGUGCUUACACCGUCUCUACUACUGCUGCUGCCACUGUUCGUUCUACCGUUCGUCGUCUUCGUGAAUUGGCUGAAAUCUAAGCCGUUUUCUCAAUGUUUAUACGCAAUAAAAAAAAUGAUGUUUAAUACACUCGG